AAUGAUCACGUGUGACACAGGUUGACAGGUUGACAGGUCUUGGAGUGUGUACAUGCGUUGCGAUAUGUUAUUUCUCAUAAAAGUGUUAAAAAAGUUUAAUAACUGUUGGCUGAAGGCACAAUAAAUAAAUAACCCCAUUUCCUACUUCCUGCAAAAGUGUUAAUUUAUAGGUACACUGUUAACAAUAAAAAAUUAUAGUUGACACAUUGCUGCAAGCCGUCGACAUGCUUGAAGAUUAUCUUCUAAAGCAUCACGAGAAAGAUAUAAAAGAGAUUUUAAAUGCCGCAGAGGAUAAUCUGGUCUACUCGAUAUAUGUGAACUUUGUGUCGCUGUUCGAAGCUGAUACAGAAAAUGCAGAGAAGAUCCUGCGAAAUCCCAGACACUAUUUACCACUGUGUGAUGAGGCAGCGAUCAGAGCUCAGGAAAGGCUGUGCGAAGGAAUCCAAAUAGUAAAAACCAGAAUUCACGUCAGAAUUAUUGCGGUGCCAUUGAAAAUCGACACAGGUCAGAUUGGCGAGCUGAUUUCGACAUCCGGAAUCGUAGUGCGUAUGUCCCAGCCUAGUGUUAUAAACCUGAAGAAGCGUUUUGUCUGUAAGAAGUGCAGCUAUGUCAAUGUUGCCAAAUUGGAGUGGGAAAGACGAAUGUUUAGAAAUGUUAAACACUGCGAAUCGUGUCGGUCGCAAAAUGUAACAGUCGCAACAUCCUUGCAACAAGGUGAUUGUUCAGAUUAUCAAGAAAUGAAGAUUCAAGAUAAGUGUAAAACAGAUACAAGAAGCUGUUACUCAGUGGGACUACAGAUAGUUUUGUUGGACGAUCUUGUUGACAAAUGUAGACCCGGAGAUAACGUAGACAUCAGCGGAGUAAUUAUACGAAACUGGGUUACGUUGAAAGUGGGCCAACGUGCGGAAGCCACGACGUUUCUGAUGGCAAAUAGCGUUUCUGUUCGCAGAAAGGUCUCAGAGGCGACAUUUUCCACUGCCGAGUUAAAAGACACUUUUACGGCAUACUGGGAACAUUAUCGAGAUAACGCGUUAGCCGGCAGAGACAAUAUUCUCGCUUCUAUCUGUCCCCAAUUGUACGGGAUGUAUAUUACGAAAUUGGCAUUGGCCGUUGUUAUGUGCGGUGGUGUGGCAAAAACAAGCGAAACGGGAACACGCGUAAGAGGUGAACCUCAUCUACUUCUGAUAGGAGAUCCUGGCACUGGCAAAUCGCAAUUGCUUCGUGCUGCGUCCCGAUUGAGUUCACGAUCCGUCUUUACAACUGGCAUCGGUACCACUGCUGCUGGACUCACAGCAGCUGCUGUUAAAGAUUCAGACGGUUGGCAUUUAGAAGCCGGCGCCUUGGUACUCGCCGACGGUGGUGUGUGUUGCGUGGACGAGUUCACGACAAUGAGCUCGCACGACAGAACCUCUGUACACGAAGCGAUGGAACAACAAACAAUUUCUAUAGCCAAAGCCGGCAUGUUGAGCACCUUAAAUUGUCGCUGUUCCAUCAUCGCAGCCACCAAUCCGGACGGUGGAUGUUUCAAGGGUACGGAUUGGAAAACCUGCUUGGGAAAUCCUCUCUUGUCGCGUUUCGAUCUGAUACUUCUUCUGAAAGACAACAGAAAUCCCGAAUGGGACAAAAUGACAUCGAGUCACAUCUUGAAAAUGGCCUGCGAAGAGGAAGGAAACAAUUUAUUUUUCGAGACAUACAUGGGUCCGCAAAAUCUAACUGGCUUGUGGACGGAAGAGACUCUCUGUGAAUAUUUCGCGCAUGUGCGCGCAUUGAAGCCGGUGCUAACUGAAGCAGCAAAGAGAAUACUUAGCGCAACUUAUCUUUAUCACAGAUCAAAUCCGUUAAGAAGGCCUGAAAGAACAACAGUACGACUUUUAGAUAGUCUUAUCAGAAUGGAUGUAAGCUCGUUAAUUCCGGCGGGACUUCAAAACGCGCAACGAAAUCUGUGCGAGAUUCAAGCGGGAUACAAUAAGUUUUCGGAGAAUUUGCGAAAAUUCACGCCGCAGUCUAUACAGUGCGCAAUUUUUUGCGGCGGGUCCAGAUGCAAAUAUGAAAAUCCAAAAGCUUGGCCGGCCGUUCACAUGGCAAUACAGAACGUCUUUUCGCAUUGGGUAACCGACGACGUUCUUGCGAUGGCACGACCCAACACCGCGCAAAUAAUAAAAAAGGACAUAAUCGCCCAGUUCCAAGGAUGGAGCAUCAAGACCAUAAUAAAUUUGCAAACACCCGGCGAGCAUGCGAGCUGCGGUGGCCCACUCGAAGAGAGCGGUUUCACAUACGAUCCCAACAUUUUCAUGAAAAACGGCAUUUACUAUUACAAUUUCGCUCUGAAGGAUUAUGGCGACGCCACCAUGGGAAAACUCCUGGACAUGGUCAAGGUCGUGGCCUUUGCCGUGCAAGAGGGAAGAGUGGCCAUUCACUGUCAUGCCGGUCUCGGCAGGACCGGCGUUUUGAUCGCGUGCUACCUAAUUUACAGUCUUCGUGUGAAGGCGAACGAUGCAAUAAGAUUCGUUCGCAUGAAGCGUCCGUGCGCGAUACAAACGCGCGGACAAAUACUUUGCAUUCAAGAAUUCGAGCACUUCGUGCUUCCGCAGAUGAUAGUGUUUCCCUUGUACAGCACGACCGGGGAUCGCAAGCCCUGCAGCCUUCAAAUGUACCUGAAAAAGCAAUACAACAUUCUACACGGAUAUGAGCAACGUACUUUCAAGCACAUCCCAAAGAUCGUUUUUAUCAUUUGCGAGAGGAUACUUCAGUUGUGCGACUGUCAGGAGGACAACUCGCCGUCCGAAAUCACGUACGCGGUUUCCAACGUGCCCUUCACAAAACGUUUUAUUUGUCACAUGCUGGAAAAAUUCCGUGACGGUAAUAUGCGACACUCCUACUCGUGGGCGGAAUCCCUCACGGACUCGUCGUACGAAUACGCAACCUCUUCAAAAGCGGGUAGCAGUCAAGUUUCGUCCCGAGAUACUCCCGAUGACAUAGGAAGAUUGAGCGACGUCUUUUGCAUGUCGCCGGACACCCCGUCCUGCGACUCCGCAUUUCCAGGUCUGGACGACAACUGCAUCGACGACGUUCUGGGUGACGGCAUUCACGAUCAGGAUCUGUUUGACAACGAUUGUUACAAGGAGAUUCAGUCGCACAUGAGCUUGCGAAACAUUCCCCGCGAUGAUUACAAAACGAUAAAUGCCGAGGAAGCUAUAAAGGCGCUCAUAACGGACAGCGCUGUUCUUCCCGAUGCCGCCAAGAAACUUUUGCACAAUUAUCAGAGCGAUUUGAACCACCGAUGCACCGUGUGGCAACGAUUAGAAUUAGAAACCAAUUUGGAGGUGCUGUCCGCAUUGUUGUUCGAGUGGCUAGAGACUCUCAAGUAUCCGCUUCUUGACGUCGAUAGUCUCAGUUACAUCGUUGUCUGGAGUUCGAAGCCGCAGCGGUGCCUCUCGAAACUACCUGUCUGCACAAGAUACUUAUUAGAAUACUUCCUGCGAUUUGUCACCCGCUUAAGACCCGUAACGGCCGAAAGUCAGAGUUUAAUUACCAAACGGCUGAUAGCGGCGUUGACGCAGCAAACAAUCUGGAUCAAGAACUCCUUUUAUCCUCCACAUAAACAUUUUCAGAAACUGCGACGUGGAACCGCUGGCAAACUCAAUGAGUUCUUCGUUCGAUUAAUGAAUUUGAUAGAAGAAGUCAAUACACAAGAGGUAGACAAACCGCCGUGGGCGUCCAAAUGGGAAUUGCUGUCCAAUCAUCUGAGGGAUAUGGACAGACAGAAACACAACGAAUAAGUGUGAUAUACAUUUAGUAUUCUGACGGACUUAUUUUCAAUUAGUAUAUAUAUAUAUAUAUAUAUAGCGAAUAUAUACGGUAUAUAUUUUGUUUCAUCUGACAUAAGCCAAACUACGUAACAAAUGUGUUGGCAAGUUAUUAACAGAUACCUUGAGAUACUCGUAAAAGUCGCGUACUACUUGUUUACGACUGCAAGUAAUUACAAAGAAACGUUUUUUUAUAAAACGGUGUAUACGAUAAAACUAUUAAUAGAGAACAAUAUUUUCGUUCUAGCGUAUUAUAUAAAAAUUUAUUACUUUGUUGCUUUGCGCAGAAAAUUUGAUUAGGUGUACACCCCCGCGCGGCUAUUCGUAAUACAAAGCACAGUUUUAAUUCUUUUAGAUAGAUCAAUCGACUUCCAAUAAUAGUUGCGAUUACACGCAUUUCAAGAUCGCUUGCAAUUUAAGAAUUGUAAUGUAAUAUAAACAUUACAAAACAAACUUACGAAGCUUUCCGUCAAAACUCUAAAUGGUUCUGAAUAUUAACUUUAUGUGUUUAAUAUUCAAUCUAUAUCCUCUCUCUAUUUUUCGAGUUUGAUUUUUUGUGCGUUAUUUCUGACACCUCUCAUAUGAGUAUUAUAUGAUGUGUGAGACGCGGUCAUGCUUUGUUCUCCGUUUCUCUGUGUUGGCGAGUACUGUGACAUUUCAAUCCGGUUUUUAAAGACACGUGACUAAAGUAAAGUCACGUGCUGUUUUUCCAUUCCUCCCUCUCACUAGUGUUGUCGAGUUUAAUUUUCUAUAUAUAUACAUACAUUGAUUUUUACAAUCAAAUAUUUUUUUGAAUCAAAUCGAAUAUCGUAAUACAUUAUUUAAUAUAAUCAAUACAUCUUAUAUCAAUGAUUAAAUGUAAUUACAUGUAA